AUGUCCUACCCUCCUGGCUACAGCUAUCCAACAUACCCGAGCUAUCCGACCUCAGCAGCCUAUCCCCCAAACUACGAUCCGCGCAGCGCUGGUGCGCCGCCCCCCCCUGCUGCUGGCAGCGCCUAUCCAGAGGGCUACGACCGCUCCCACGAAAGGACCGAAGCACGGGUGGACCAAGCAGCCCCGCCACAGCCUACACAACCCGCAGGACAGCCACCGGCACAGCCCCCGGCAGACUACUACACACAGCCUCAGGCCCCAGCGCAACCAGCUCCAUGCCAACCACCAGCCCACACGCCAACGUCCGACCCUUACUACGACUACUAUAGGCAAUAUUAUAGCUACCCCCCGCAGGCGCCGGCAUAUCCGCCUGCCGAUCCAGCAGCCGCGCCCCCUGACUACUCAGCACCACCGGCCCAAGCUGCACCCCCGGCUCCAGCUGCCUACCCUCCAGGACCACCUCCUGCAGGGCCACCCCCGGCGGGCGCACCGCCGGCAAGCCAUCCAGGCCCGCCCCCAGCAUAUCCGGGCUAUCCACCAAGCUAUCCUGCGGCCUACCCAACUUAUCCGCCGCCUGAAGCUUAUGCAGACCCAGCUCGGCCCCCGAACCCUGUAGACUACAGUCACUACCACGCGCAUGCCUACCCAUACGGCCAGGCCCCAGCUUAUUAUCCGCAGCCGUACUAUGCACCACCGCCGGGCUAUCCUCCCCCGUCUUACCCUCCACCACCAGCCGAACCUCCAAAUGACCGAGGAAGCGAGCGGCGGCCGUCUCCUCGACGUGGCAGAGAUGAGAAGAGGCCAAGAAGAGAUUUCCCAGAGCGAGACCGCGACAAGAAGCCCAGAACUGAGAGUGCUCCAGAUCCCAGCAAGAAGCUGCUGCAACACAUUCAGGCACAUAAAGGGUGGAAGAUGUUUUGGCUGGAAGCCAUAGACCCCCCUCAGCGGGCAAUGAGCAAUUCCAAUGUAACACUGCUAAUCCUCGCGAGCGGCUCUGCAAAGUCGAAGUCCUCCUUUGGGUUCCUUCUCGCUUCUUCCCGGCAAAACAAGCAGAAAGACCGGCAGCGGGAAUGUGCCAAGGACCUCCUUUCCCAGUUGGAGCAACUCCUUUCAGGGAAGGCUGAAAAGGACCUCCGGACCUGGUGUCAGGUGCCAGAAGCCCUGGACCAGGAAGAGAAAGCAGAGGAGUCGGAUGCAUCGCCCUCUUUGGAGAAGCUGCGAGGCCUCUUGGGCAACAGGCUUGCAGCCACCGGCAGGACCGGCAGCAAAGCCCUUCAACUAGACCUGGAGAUUGGUUCCAGCAGCUGCGUGCUCACCGCCGCGAGUAGCUUUGAUGAGAAGGAAAGCGAAGGUCCUGAUGUGUCAGCCAUGGAUGCCUUCUCCCCGGACGCGGGCGCCCAGCUCUCGGAGGCUCAGCGAUUGGGUGGGCUGCUUCGAUUGCAGUGGCACCUGGCCGUCGUGAAGGCCAAGGAGAAGGGCAUGCCGGGGCCUUAA